AUGGCUUUCAUUCCCGGAAUUUUCGACAUCGCCCGGGCGGUCAAAAAAUAUUACAAAAAGCGAAACUCGUCGAAAUCUUCCGAAACCUCGAGCUUGAAAAAAAUGAACAAAUCUGAGCGAUGCACAAAAUUGAUGAUGACGAUUUGUUCCGAAGCGAUUCAGAUUGUUGUUUUGAUGCUGACGUUUUUCAUUUUUAUGCUGAGCCUGAUUGUUUCCUCCUGCAUUCCAGCGGAUAAUUAUAUCGACGCCCGCUUGCGAGUUAUGUCCGAAAACGGAACGAUGCUGAACAAACAAAGCCCCCUGGCGCAAGAAAAACAAGACCACGACCUGAACUCUGGUCCAAUUUGUCACCUCUUCCCGAAGCAAUAUUUCGAUACUCACAUGCGUCUUGGGGACGAAUGCCUUCCGAAAACAAGCGAGUGGAUGACCAUGGAAGAUGGUUGCGAACUCGCGCAGUUGAGGACAAAACCGAUCGUUGUCAGUCACACUUGUUCAAAUCCCGUCGAAUAUUUUGUCUUUGUCGCGAUUCUUAUCGCAAUGUUCCUUGAAUUAUUCGUCCUGCUUUUAUACGUCUGGAAGCGAUACGGUCAAAUUCUCAAGAAAGAAAUCCACCUCCGAAAAUCAUCCUACUACGGCAGGAAAUCGUCAGUUUUUGCUUCUCGAUUCUACGACCUCUCAAAUUCGCAAACAAAAGAUCAAGGCAUUCUUGGCCACGAAACGACCGCUCCUGGAAAAUUUUCAUUGAGAAAUAAAUGA